AAUAGCCCGUCUGCAGCGGGUCGAAACUGAAACAUACUGGGCAAAUACAGUAUUCUAGUCACUACGGACGGACUAAGUGAGAUCCCAACUUCACGAUCAUGGCAGCUAUGCAAUCCACUUUGGUUUUUGUGUGUCUUGGAUUGACUCACAUACCAUCUUCUUUCGCGCGAAAUAUCCUGCUCUUACAACCCCUCCUGGAUUUAACAGAACAUGAAUUGGUGGCGUUCAUCUCAAAUUAUGCACAUUCUCUGCUUCUGGUGCUCUAUCCACAAUUGGGAAUUCACCACAUGGAAUUUCCGACUUGGAUUCCCUCCUUCAUACCUUUCUUAUCUCCACAUUGCUAUUCUGGAAUUUCCUGGGCUGGAACCAUCUUGAUUUAGUGAACAGGAGCUUGCCUACUGGAAACUGGCCUCCUCUGGUUACAUUACGUCUCUGGGAACAUGACACUACUUUCAAGACUCAUCUCUUCUCUCAUUCUCGUUUUUCUUGUCGUCUCUUUUUCC